AUGGAAUCCACGCAUCCGCAGUCCCCGUCUUCGUCUUCGUUCACCCGGCCGAAUUCGCUCUCCACACUUCCAAAAGAACAUGAAGAGAACCAGGCCGAGUCCCAUUCGCGCGCAUCUGUUGCCGACUCGCAUUCCCCUACAAUCGUCGACGAUCUAGAAGAAGAAGCACUUGCAGAGGAUGAGGUUCAAUCAGAGUUCCACCUCGAAGCCUAUGGACCUCACCCGGGCGAGAAGGGAUGGGACUCGUUUGAGGUCACCAUCCCCUUGGACGAUCCUGAGAAUCCAAAGAGUUGGUCAAGACCAUAUCGGUGGUAUCUGACAAUGUUGGGUAGUGUGCUAGUCUUCAAUGCUACCUUUGCGAGCUCAGCACCAGAAGGAAUCGUCUUUGAGUUGAUGGAUUACUUUACGUUCAGCGAAGAGGUGGUGACAUUGACAAUCGCCCUAUUCGUUGGUGGCUACUGUGUCGGUCCUAUACUGUGGGGACCUUUAUCAGAGCAGUUCGGGCGGCGGAUCAUUUUCAUCAUCACCUUCGCGGUCUACGUGUGCUUCCAAGUAGGCUGCGCACUCUCACGAAAUACUGGGUCAAUCCUGGUCUUUCGGUUCCUCAGUGGUACCUUUGCGGCUGCUCCGUUGUCCAAUAGCGGCGCGUUGGUGUCCGAUAUCUGGGAUGCGGGAACCCGAGGAGAGGCUCUGGCGUUCUUCACUCUUGCACCGUUCGCGGGACCCACUCUCGGACCGAUCGUCUCUGGCUUCAUGAGCGUUCGAGGGGUCUCCUGGCGAUGGCUCUUCUGGCUGCUGACGCUCUUUGCUGGCUUCUGUAUGAUGCUGACUGUGUUUACGUUGCCGGAAACCUUCUUGCCGAUCCUGAUGGUUCGGAAGGCGCAGCGGCUGCGCAAGGAGACAGGUGAUGACCGGUACUGGGCUCCGCUGGAGAGGCAGAAGAAGUCGUUCGGGGAGCACAUGAAGCAUAUUCUCGCAAGGCCAUUUCUCAUUCUCUUCCGGGAGCCUAUGCUUAUGGCCAUCACCAUGUACAUGAGCUUCGUAUACGGCUGCAUCUACCUGCUCUUCGAGGCGUACCCCAUCGUCUUUAUUGAAGGGCACCACCUCAGCAUGGGCCUUUUCGGGCUGACGUUUCUGCCGAUCUUCCUGGGCGCCUGCGCGGGCGUCUUUUUUUACCUGCUCAUCUUCAACCCGCGGUACGUGCGCUCGCAGCAUAGGCACGCGCCGCAUCCCGUGCCUCCCGAGGAACGGCUAGAGGUCGCAAUGUUCGCCGCGCCGAUGUUCGCGGGCGCGUUCUUUUGGUUCGGAUGGACGUCCUACCCGAACGUCUCGCUCUGGGCACCGCUCGUCGCUGGCUUCCCGCUCGGGUGGAGCGUCGUCUGGAUUUUCCUCGCGCUGUUCAACUACGUGAUCGAUGCGUACCUCUUCGUCGCCGCAUCCGCGCUCGCUGCGCUUACCGUCGUUCGUUCGUUUUUCGGCGCAGGUUUCCCGAUGUUCGCUGCGCAGAUGUAUAACCGGCUCAACGCGCGCUGGGCGUCGACCCUCAUUGGGUGCCUCGCGGUGCUCAUGGCGCCCAUCCCGUUUGUGCUCUACGCGUACGGGCCUCAUAUCAGGAAGAAGUCAAAGUACGCGCCGACAAGGGCGGCCACGCCCGUGCUUGAGAAGCCCGAGGAGGACGUGGCCGACAAGAAGAAGACCGGGGAUAAUGUGGCCAACAAUGUGUGAAGGCCCGGCCUCUGUCUCCUCUUUUUUUCGUUUCAUCAUCCCAUCUGUUUGGGCUGAACCCCACAGACAUUUCCAUCCCCUUUCCUGUUCGAAUCGUCACGACCGAGCAUACGAUAGA